AUGUUCUCUUGUGAUAUCGUAUCUAUGCCCAACAAGUAUCCUCGAUAUUUGGGAUCUAGUGCCAGUCAACCAGAUCAACCAAGCUCUAGUCGAAUCAAGAAACCUAAUAGUAAGUUUAAACUACUGAGUUUACACACCAUUAAGAAGGAUGAGAUCAAGAACUUUUAUCAUCACAGUUCCAUCUACAAUAUUAAAGAGUAUAAAGAUUUGAUCAAAUCACCCGUCUUUUUCUUUGAAAGCAACACCACUAAACUAACAGACUUAUAGACUAGAGUCCUUAUUACAGAUUUCUAAAGGAAGGUUGCUGCUUAUCUCCUCAAUAAAAAACUCUCCAAUAGCAAGAACAUGAAAAAGUAUUAUGCUGAACUCAAAGCAGCCUGCUCAUAGAAGGAAUACGAAUCCUAAUAAAUCAUACUCCACACUCAACCAGAAGAUAAUCAUUCCAAGGCUGAAUGUAAUACUGUUAUGCAUAAGUAGAAUAAGAAAUUGGCAUUGAAAUUAUGCUGA